AUGUCAACAAUUGGCGCCUCCGAGCCUUCAGGGCAGCAAGGGGCCAAGGGAGCGCACCUGUCCGCAAAUCUUCUUUCGAAUAAUCCCUUUCGAAAUCGAGCAGCGUCUCCGUCGAACGCAGAAGCAGCAGCGGCCAGUUUAUCGCAUUCUCCGUUUGACGACCCUGCACCUCACCGACCACUUUCGCGCAACCCGUUCCUCGACCAACCUCCCGCUGUGCGAUCACCUGGCGUCGUAUCUACCCACUCUGGCUCCCAAAGCUUGUCAGCGGAAGACAUUUUUAACUCAUUGACUCUAGACGAUAGCAAGCCUGUAGAUUUUCAGCCAUCAUCUCUACCAAACGCGAGGCGGCCCAUGGAGCGACGCGCACCACCCACCCGGUCUGGCGAGAAGUCGGGGCCUCAGCCUCUGCCCAACAUGCGGAAACACCGACCAACAAAGUCUCAAGAGGAGGCUCUCAAAGCAAAAAGACAGGCCCAAGGCUCCCAGCCUGGAUCAUCAAGGUCUCCUCAAACAAAGCCCCCACGCCGACCACGUCGCAAUUCCGAGUCUUCUAUAAUGGGCUUCGAUAUAAAACCCAUCACGGACGAGGAGCGGAGAAUGAUCGAAGAAAAGCGACGCGAAAAGGACAAGCUACGGAGAGAGGUCCGUGAUGGAAAGGACAAGGGCCGAUCGGGCAAACCGAGCCGCCGGAUCGAUAUUAUUGACCAGCUCGAUGCCACAAGCAUAUACGGGAGCGGGCGUGAGUAUUCUUGCUGGACUCGAGCCAAACCUUCGUUGCUGACCAACUCGCAAGUGUUCCAUCACGAUGGCCCCUUUGAUGCACUGAAUCCGCACCGCAAUCGGCAGAGCAGCCGCCGCGCCCCAAUGCAAGCUUUUCCGAAAGACUCGCUCAACAACUCCCUCGGUGGUUCUGGUCCCCUACACCAACAAGCAGACCAUUCGACCUUCAUGGGACAAACCGAUGAGGCGUUCAGAGACUAUGCUGCCGGUGCCCGAGCCAAAAAUGCCGCCAUUUUUAAUCCUGUAUCUCGUGGUGAUGUGAUCCAUGGUGAUGAAAGCCAUGGAUUGGGCACCUCAACUUUCUUGGAAGGAACUCCAGCCACUCGGGCUGCCAUCACUCGGCGUCAAGCGGAGGAGGCACAAGAGGCAGCUAUGUUAGUGGGUGUACAGCGAAAAAAGUCUUUGGCGCACCGUAUCCGGCAUAUGAACAAGGGGCCCCGGGAGUUUCACGGCGCUGGACAGUAUUCUCCCGACUCAAUGCCCUCCCGCCCUGCUGACGGCUCUGAGCCCAACCAAUGCUAUUUCUCUGAGUUUGGCAAGGGCGAAGAUAGCAUAACGGUCAAACGUCACGAUGUUACUCUUUCGCCGGCCAGCCCGCCGCCUGUCCCAAGACGUGGCUCUGGCGCAGCUCUCGAGAGGCGAGCCACAACAGACGCCACCAGCCCAGCGGAGGUGAUAUCUGCGAAACCAAGCGGUCUCAUUGGAAGAAUGAAGAGUUUAAAGGGUGGCAGAAAGCCUAGAAAUGUAGACGGCGCCAACAACGCAAAUGUCGAUGCAGCCAGCCAUGCUGCGAGGCUGUAUUUGCUCGGCGACAUUCACUGUUUCGCAGUGAUGGGCUCGCCACAACUGUUAAAUGAUUCUAGUCAGCAGCCUAAACCUGUCAGCGCGAUAGUGCUUGCCUGCAAAGAAGCAAGCCUGCGUGAUCGUCUCGCCAGGUUCCAGCCUGUCAGAUACGGAUGCACAGAGCUGGACGGCGCCCUACUCCGUGGUGGCCUACAGAGAGGUUCCAUUGUAGGUAUCAGCGCCGAUUUCGAUGGCUUUGGAUUGUUGAUGGGUUUGCAAAGCAUGAUAAGGGCGAUCUUGGACGGCUCAGUGAAUCGUGCGUUAGUCAUAACGCCAAAGCCCUUGGCAUCUGUUACCAAAUUGAUUGUGGGCAUCCUCAAAUCUGAGCUAUCAAAUUACGAGUUGGACCCGGCGAAACUUCAAGAGAAAUGUCAUACUAGCCUGGAGGGCGUAAUGCUUUCGGUUGUAUUUGAUAUAGACGGCAUCUGGCAAACGUUAGCCGAGCUUCUGCAGCCUGGCAACCGAGGCACGCCGGCUUCUGUUGAACUGGAAGAGGGCAUCACAAAUGGCCUGAAUACCGAACGAGAUUCACCCAACAUGGAGAUCCAUGAUAGCAAGGAUGAGGGUAUGUCACCAUCAACCGAACACGGUUGCAUCGUCUCUGAAAAUGGAACUGGGCCGCCAUCGUUUGAGGCUCAUGGCAAGCGCUCUUCAGCCAUGAGCCCCCCAGAAAUCAUCGUGGUGACUCAUUUCUCGACUCUCCUUACGUCCUUGUUUGCUAGGCGAGAGAAUGCGGCAGCACAUCAGUCAUUGGCACUGUUAAAGACGCGAUUGCGCUGGCUCUCGCGCUCCUCAAGCAUGCCUCUGCUGUUGCUAGUCAAUUCCACUAUGGAGGAGCCAAGUACCAAGCAUAAAGCUUCGGCUCCUGAGCUCAACGGUCUGGCAGCGAGUAAUAGAAGCUCCGAUGCCACGCUCCGUUCAAUAUUCGCCUACGUGCGCACUCUGCGCCCCUCAAAACCUAGUUUUGGCAUCGUGUUCAACCAGUUCCUCGAUUUACAUCUUCUCUGUACCGAUAUAUCGGGCCAGGAACGGGCCAGCUACAGCCUUGGAGAACAUUCUGCGUUGACGCAGACUAGCCACCGACGCCUCGGUCCUACAUUGGUAGAGGUUCUGCAAGACAACUUAGAAUUAAAUUCACCCCAUGCUCGCGAGUGUCACCGUGAGCAAAGGUGGGCUAUCUUAGAUGUGUCUAAUCAGCAAAUUGUGAAUGCAUAUGAACACCAUGAGUCGCAGGCCAAGGGCAAACAAAUACGAAAGUAG